UUUGUCUGUUUUACCGUACUCUUUGUUUGGUUUUCAAAGAAUUUAGUCAGCUGAUCGGUUCGAAGGAUGAUAUUCCGUUUGUUUUCGGGACUAGUAAUAAUCUGACUGAUAUGCAGUUGUUUAUCUUAUAAACAUCUUCUGACAAAGUUUCAUAAUGAGGUCCCCACUUUAUGUGGUUUGGUAGAUAUUCUGCUUAUCUAAAAUGGAAAACUUUCCUAAUUAUCUUAAUACCAAUGGUUCGGUCGUGGCUAAUGGAAAGAUUAAUCCACAUCAUAAAAGCGAUGUCUGUAUCAACGAAAGUCUACCGAAAGAGUUAAUCAUCAGGGUUUUUUCUUACUUAGAUAUCACUACCUUAUGCAAGUGUUCUCAAGUUUGUAAAUUCUGGUAUGAAUGUGCUUUCGAUGGAAGCAACUGGAAAAGUAUUAAUUUAUUUGACUUCCAAAGAUAUGUGCAGCCAAAAGUAGUCGAAAAAAUUGCUCAGAGGAGUAGAGGCUUUCUCCGUGAGUUAAGGCUGAAAGGUUGUCGAAAUGUUACUGAUGAAGCUCUAAAAUGUUUUACUGAACUUUGUCACAUGAUUGAAAGUUUAGAUUUAUCAGGUUGUCAAAACUUAACAAAUGGGACCUGCGACUAUUUGGGGAAAAAUUGUUCUCUUCUCAAAACCUUAUCUCUCGAAAGUUGUUCUCGUAUAGAUGAUUCUGGAUUAGAAAUGCUUAGCUGGUGUUCAAAUCUAACAUGUUUAGAUGUAUCAUGGUGUCGUGUUGGUGAUCGUGGAUUAACUGCUAUCGCAAGAGGAUGUAAAAAUUUACAACGAUUUCGUGCUAUUGGCUGUCAAGAGAUAACAAGUCGUGGUGUGGAACAACUAGCACGUCAUUGUCAUGGUUUAUUACUGUUAAACUUGAAUUAUUGUGGACAGGGUAUCACCGAUGAAGCAAUGGUCCAUCUAUCCAUUGGUUGUCCUGAUCUACGUGUUCUAGCUAUCUCACAUUGUUCUAUCACAGAUCAAGGUCUACGUGCAAUCGCCGGCACAUUGUCGUCGGCUGCAGCUGCAGCUAUUGUCGGCCAGCCGACAUCGACCAGUCAACAAAAUGGCAUGCCUUUAAUUGUUCCAUUUGUAGUAACAAGUAAUGGAAAUGUUAGUAGUCAUCAUCAUGAUAAUGCUGCUUCUUCAUCACCAAACGAUACUACUAAUAAUAACAAUCAUGCAGAUCAUGAUUCCACUGUAAAUAAUAAUAUUACCACUACUAAUACUACUACUAAUACUAAUACUAAUAAUCGUCGUCAAAAAUCAAAUGAUUCCAAUAAGACGACAGCAUUAAUACCUGUUGGAUGUGUUAGUUUGACAACGUUGGAAGUUGCACGGUGUUCAGCGAUCACAGAUAUUGGUUUGUCAGCGAUUGCACGAGUAUGUAAUAAACUUGAAAAAUUAGAUUUAGAAGAUUGUGCAUUAGUUACCGAUGCAACGUUAGCACAACUUGCUGUACAUUGUCCACGUUUAAACACACUCGUGCUGUCUCACUGUGAUCAAGUCACUGAUGAAGGUAUUGCACGACUAGCUGAAGGACUUUGUGGUACAGAUCAAUUACAAACACUGGCUAUGGAUAAUUGUCCAUUGUUAACUGAUGCAGCAUUAGAGCAUUUAGGUAGUAAUUGUCGUAAACUACGACAAUUAGAUUUAUAUGAUUGUCAGUUAAUUACAAAACAAGGAAUUCAUAGUUUAGAGUUACAUUAUCCGCAACUUCAAAUUCAUGCGUAUUUCGCUCCUGGUACACCGCCUACAUUGACUUUCGCAAGACGACGUCGUUAUUGUCGGUGUUGUCGCAUAAUAUAACUCGUUCUUUCUGAAUUUAUUUCUCUGUUUCUGUUAAUUUGUAUUAUUGUACUGCACUGCACUACACCAACACCACCACCACCCCUCUCCUAACCCCGGCUCAUGUGUAUUGUAUUUUUGGUUUGUUUGGCGGCAAUUUUAUUUUUUAUUCAAAAAAUUUCUCUCAGGUUUUACCCUGGCUAUAUAUAUACUUAUAAAUAAAUACUUAUGUAAUUGUUUUUUCUCUCUUCAGUUUACUUACACUCGUAAUAUUUAUUUCCUUGUGUGAUGUUGCCAUCAUCAUUGUUCAAUGUGCUGUUAUUCUUCUUCAUCUUUCAAUUAUUGUACAGUAGUAGUUGUUCUAUAUAUGUGGGUGUGUGUGUGUGUGUUGAAUGGUGAAGUUGCACUGAAGGAAAAAAAAGUGAACGAACGAAAUCAGUCUUUCUCCUAUUAUUAUUAUUAAUAUUAUUAUCUGUUCCUAUAAUCUGUCAUCCAAUGACGAUUGUUACAAAAAAACGCGACGGUUGGUUUUUGUUUUUCCAGUUACACCACUGGCUGCUAAUUGUGUCAUAUGUUCACCAUGGUCAGUGAUCGCCUACCGACGAUGUAUCUUUGUACUCCCUCCUCCUUGCCUCCUAACCUGCCUGUCUGCCUACUUCUACCUACUUUAUAUCCUUAUCUUCGUAUUUACAUUGACAUGUUGUUGUUCAAUUUGUGAAUAUAAUCCCGGUCCAUAUUGACCUAUGCGUUUAUCCCCACUCGCCUAUAAUCAUCGUAUUGCAUCGCAUUGUGAGUGUUCUACUCUAAUAUUAUUGACCUGACCUGAUGAUUCGAUUUCUUGUUAACUUAUUCAUUCCUUGCCACAAGAAAAAAUAAACACAGUGACUUGCUUCUUCUGAAAAAAAACAUCAUCUUCAACAUUCAGCACCCAACAACAAUGGUUUUUUCUAUUUUUGUGUAGGACAAAUUCAUACACACAACAAAAAAACGCCCUGUCUCCGCCUAAUCAAUCUUGUCAGUAUGCGGGGUCCUACCACACACACACACACACCCAUCAAAGCAGCAAUAUAUAUUUUUCUCUUUUUUUUACAUACCAAAAAAAGCCUUCUAUGUAUGGAUGUGCGAUAGGAAAACAACAAGAAAAAACACUCUAUUUAUCCUCUGUUGUCUUUUAUUGAUUGAUAUUUCGCCAGACAGUGGUGUUGUUGUCGCCGUCUUUGUCAGCCAGUGUUUCAGACUUCCUGCACCAUAAUACUAAUAAUAAUGACAAUAAUAACAACAAUAUUGCCACCUUGUUUUGUAUAAUGCUGUUUGUUAUUUACUGUCUGUCUAAUUUGUCUAUGUCGCGCAUAGACACACACAGGUAAUACAUACACACACACACACGCUCUGUCUAUAUCUCGUCAGUUUGUGUCUGUCAAUCGUUCCAAAUUCAGUUCUAACUGUGUGUGUGUGUUUGUCACACGUUCUAUCUAUAACUGGUUAUACGUGUCUAUCCUUGUGUGUCUGUGUCUCUACAUAUGUGUGUGUGUGUUUGCGUAUUUUCUUUCCACUUUAAAUACAAAACAAAUCUUCAAAUGUGAUGAAUGAAUGAAUGAAUUCAUUAUUUUGUUGUUGUUGUUGUUGUUGUUUACGUUCACUGGUAUGACAAGUUGUAAUAAUAAACAUUCUCCUCUCAUCAAUAAGAAUUUAUAAGACCAAAAAAACAAAAACACACACAAGUUAUUGAUCCACACUGGUGGUCACAUUGAUCGAAAUCAUGGAGUGGAGGAGGAUGAAUUGAAUCAAAAUGCAACGACCACAAUAUCAAUCUACUAGAGGAUUUUUGUUGUUUCAUCGCUCUGGCUGCAUUCAUUCAUACUAAAAUCAUACUAAUUUAACUUUUAAUGCAUAUAUAAUUUAUUAUAACUUCUUAAAAAAAAAAUAGGUUAAAUUUCAAAAAAAAAAUGACUACUACUAAUAUACAUUAUUAUUAUCAUCAUUUUUUUGUACAUGAAGUAUAAUACUGUUAUUAUAAUUAUUAUUAUACUACUCCUCUGUUAAAAGAAAAUAAGUAAUAUUGAGG